AGGAGAGUCGUCUUUGUUUUGGAUUGGGUUGUUCCCUGAUGGGCCUAUCUUCCUCUCAAAUUUCUCCACUCUCCUCUUUAUUACACACUAACCAUUUUCACUACUCCUCUUCUCUCACUCAGAACUAUUUUCUCUGAGUAACCGUUUUCUCUCUCUUCUCUUCAAUUCCCUUCAAACAUGUCUUCUCACGCGCUCUUUCAAGCAGCGCAAAUUAUCCCUAUCAACUCUCACAACAUCACUUCCAAAACCUUAUCCCCUAAAACUGUUCUAAAACUACCUGUGCUUCGCAACCGUCGCCGUCGUUUGGUCGUCCGAUCGUGGUCCGCUUCCCCCGCCGACGUCGACAGUGAUACUUCAUCAGCGUCUUCGCUUUUCGAGCGCUGUUUGGCAGCGCCUUCUGCUCCUUCCGCUUCGCAUAAUGUUAAUCCUGUUAUGAAAGGGAAAUACGGUGCUUUUGGUGCCGUCACGCUCGAGAAAUCCAAAGUUGAAUUGUCGCAACAGCAAAGUAACAAGUCUUCUCCCGAGCUAGCCACUGGGGGAGGUGGUGGAGAUAUUGGAAAGAUAAUCAAUUAUGGCGGUGGUGACGGAGGUGAUGAUGAUGGUGAUGACGACGACUACUUUGAUGACUUCGAUGAUGGUGAUGAGGGAGAUGAGGGUGGCUUGUUUAGAAGGCGCAUACUUCUUCAAGAGCUAUUUGACCGUAAAUUUGUGGAUGCUGUGUUGAGUGAAUGGCAAAGGACUAUUAUGGACUUGCCUGCUGGAUUUCGGCAAGCUUAUGAAAUGGGUUUGGUUAGCUCAGCCCAAAUGGUAAAGUUUUUAGCAAUCAAUGCCAGGCCAACUGCCAGUAGGCUUAUUUCCAGAAAACUACCGCAAGGACUAUCAAGGGCUUUCAUUGGCAGGUUGCUUGCAGAUCCUGCUUUCAUGUAUCGGUUUCUAUUAGAAGAAGUUGCUACAAUAGGCUGCUCAGUUUGGUGGGAGUUUAAAAAUCGGAAAGAUAGGAUAAAGCAAGAGUGGGAUCUUGCACUUAUCAAUGUGCUCACUGCAGCAGCAUGCAAUGCCGUAGUUGUUUGGUCCCUUGCUCCUUGUCGAUCAUAUGGAAACACGUUUCAAUUUGAUUUACAAAAUACGUUGCAGAAGCUUCCAAACAACAUAUUUGAAAUGAGCUAUCCUCUUAGGGAAUUUGACCUGCAAAAGAGAAUUCAAUGCUUUUUGUUCAAGGCUGCUGAGUUGUGCAUGGUUGGUUUAGGUGCGGGUGCAGUACAGGGUGCAUUGUCAAAUACUUUGGCUAAGAAAAAGGAAGGAAGGUUAUCUGUGACCGUCCCAGCUGUGAGCAGUAAUGCACUUGGCUAUGGUGCUUUUCUUGGAAUAUAUGCUAACCUGAGAUAUCAACUACUAUGUGGAUUUGAUAGAGCAAUGGUUAGUCAUUUUGAUGUUAUUGGAGUUGCAUUGUUCUUCAGCACAGCAUUCAGGGUAUUGAAUGUUCAAUUAGGAGAGACUUCCAAGCGUGCCUGGCUUGGAGUUGAGGCAGAUCCACUGGCACAGUCAGAUGAGCUUUUGAAGGUUUACAACAGGACUUCUGAAAAUGUAGAAAAGCCAUCAUCCUCAAAAUGGUUUAUAUCAAAGAAUGCAGUUGUUUCUGGGCUUGGGCUCUUAGGCAUCAAACAAGGCAAUGCAGAUGUGUCUGGCACAGAACCCUCAGCUCCCAAAGUUCGUCGAAAAAGGAUUGUACGGAAGAAGGUUGCUGCAGGAUCAACUUAGAUUCCGUCUUCGGAUGUAAACGUGUAAACGUAGUCAUUAUCAAAUUUUGUUGAUUACUUACCUGCUGUAUUACCCUAGGUAGUGUCUGGCUGCUGCUCUGGGAGGGGGGUUGAUUAGCAACCCAAGAAUUUUCGUCCCGUCAACUACAAUUUGAGGAGGGUUUUUUAUUAUUAAAUUUUUUCAGGGAUUCUUGUCUUACUAUCUGAAUCUGUAUUAUAUUUUGAAUUGAAUUUGAAAUUUUUUUAAAUAAAGUAGAUCAAGCUUUUUUCCCCCUUA